AUGGCCCACGGUUCCAAAGCUAAGGAUCCCCGCACUGGGUCGGGGCAUCGGCUUGUGUGCCGCUACUGUGGUUACGUGUCGAGCAAUGCCAGCUACCUCGCCAAUCACGAGCGGACGCACACGGGCGAGAGGCCCUUCCCUUGCCCCGUCUGUCCGAAGGCGUUCAACUGGAAGGUGGACCUCACGCGCCACCUUCGCACGCACACUGGAGAGAAGCCUUUUCCGUGCCCCCUGUGUGGUCGCUCCUUCCGAAUCCGCAGCCACUUGACAGGACACCUGCGGUGCCACUCGACCGAACGACCCUACCGCUGCACCCGCUGUCCCAUGCGAUUCACCCAAAGCAGCGGGCUGGCCCGUCACAUGCAUGUACACACCGAGGAGCCACCUCACGGCUAG